AUGGGUGAGUCUCCUCAAGGUGGUGAAGAGAAUGAGAUGUUGGAAAUGGGAGAGACUGAGACUCCUCAGGGUGGUGAAGGGAUUGGGAUGUUAGACAAGGGUAAGAAUUCUCAAGGGCUUUACCCAGGGGCACCUCUUAUGAUCCCUCACGAAUCCUGCGAGGACUGCACUGUUGGAGGAUAUCGUGUUCAGGCAGGAACUCAUCUGUUAGUGAAUGUGUUGGCAAUUCAAAGGGACGCGCCCGUGUGGGAGCGACCCACGGAAUUUGAUCCUGAACGUUUUCUCAAAAGCGGCAAAGAGAUUGAUGUGAAAGGGCAAGACUUUGAAUUGAUUCCGUUUGGUUCAGGGAGAAGAAUGUGCCCGGGCAUGGCUUUGGCAAUGAUUGUGAUCCACCAUACAUUGGGGCGGCUGCUUCAGAGCUUUGAGUGGUUUGUUCUAGAGGGCACUGUAAUUGACAUGACGGAGGGGCUUGGGCUCUCACUGCCCAAAUCAAUUCCAUUUGAGGCCAAUAUUAAACCUCGCCUUCCCCUCCAUCUCUACUGA